AUGAUUGCGGUUCUGGACGGGUUCGUGCUGGCGGCCACGGUGGACGGGCUGGUUAUGUUCGUGACCACCAAUGUCACCGACUUCACAGGAUAUCACCAGACGGACCUCCUCCACCGGUGUAUGUAUGGCAUCGUCCAUCCCGACGACCGGGCCUCUCUCAAACACCAGCUCGAAGACACUCGGACAUACAAACAAUACAAUAAUAGUUCAAACGAAACGGGCUCCGAGGACCAAAAGGUUGCAUUUCUAUGUAGAAUGAAGUGUUACCAUGGAAACUCCACUGGCCAUGUGAAAUUUCACUGUUCAGGGAAGAUUCUGCGUUCCACACACCUUCCAAAGACAGUCAAGUCCUCUAACUGCGUGUUGUUGUUGCUAUGCCGGCCGUUCGUUCCCAGUGUGGGCGUUGCCGGCUACGAGGACGGUGACCUUAUAAUGUGGUCCAAACAUGACCUUGGCCUUCAAUUCGAGGACUGCGAACAACGAUUGCACACUUGUCUUGGGUACAGCAUGGAUGAGAUGACAUCGCGCUCCCUGUACCAGUUAGUGCACCCGGAGGAUAUCCAUCUCCUGGCACACGCUCACUCCCUUAUGAUGAUCGGUGGUGGGGUACAGCAGGUCUUCCUGAGGCUGGUGAGGGCGGACGGCGGCUGUGUAUGGGCGACCACAAAGGGGAAGGCCGUCUCCCGAAACUCUAAGAAAUUCUCUGUCGUCUUCACACAUUCACCAAUGGGAGAGGAUGUAGGCGAUUUCAUAAACCAGGAAGAAGUUAGGCGGCGCGAUGAACUCGUUAAUCGGACCAUCACGACACAGCACACCCAAGGCAACCCCGAGCAAUAUCACGCAGCUCAAGAAUCGUUUGGAAACGCACACGAAGCCAUGUCAAACAUCGGCGGUACUAAAUAUCCUGGUAAUGGACGGACCCCAGGUAUCCGUUAUCAUGUUGUGUGCAGCGACAGUGAACGUGUCCGUAAUUCACUGCAGGAUACGGACAUGCAUGAACACGGUGGACAUUAUAAGCGCAUUAAACACGAAGCGGACAACUCACGUGACGCUGAAAUGUAUGGGAUGUGUUCAUCUGUUCGCAAACAUCAGUGCUCAACUACGUUCAACCCUCCGAGAAGCAGGUCCUACGAUAUUGAGGCAUCCAUCCAUAUGCGAGUUGUGGAAAAUGAACACUCUGAUGUAGCCAAUGUCUUUAUUCCAGAUUUUGACAAUUUCGGAAUGCAAUUUUCCUAG